AUGGGGAGCCGUGUUGCGGUGGUCCAGGCGCGCGCGGCCCGGGAGCGUGAGGCCGGUGCAGCGGGUCGCCGCGGCGCCCUGCUCUCCGCGGAGGAUUCCCCAACGAGCGCGGCCGGAAUCAAGCAGGGCAUCGCCGACAUGGUGACCAAGGGUGGCGACCCGUCCGAGGGCGGCGGCGACGACGACGUUGGCGGGUGUCGCCGCGCUCGCGCUCACCAGCGAUGGCCCAGUCGGCAUUGCGGGCUCGUUCGAGAAGGGGAAGCUCGGCGCGAGGCGGGUGUCGCCGCGCUCACGCUCGCCAUCGACAACCCAAUCGGCCUCGCAGGCCCGUUCGAGGAGAAGGAGUUCGGCGCCCAGGUGGGUGUCGCCGCGCUCGCGCUCGACGUCGCCGACCCAGUCAGCCUCGCGGGCCCGUUCGAGGAGGAGCAGCUCGGCGCCCAGGCGGGUGUCGCCGCUCUCGUGUUCGACAUCGCCGACCCAGUCGGCCUCGCGGGCCCGUUCGAGGAGGAGCAGCUCGGUGCCCAGGCCGGUGUUGCCGCGCUCGUGUUCGACAUCGCCGACCCAAUCGGCCUCGCGGGCCCGUUCGAGGAGGAGCAGCUUGGCGCCCAGGCGGGUGUCGCCGCGCUCGUGCUUGACAUCGCCGACCCAGUCGGCCUCGCGGGCCCGUUCGAGGAGGAGGAGGAGCUCAACGCCCAGGCGGGUGUCGCCGCGUUCGCCCUCGCCGACCCAGUCGGCCUCGCGGGUCCGUUCGAGGAGCAGCAGCUCGGCGCACAGGCGGGUGUCGCCGCGCUCGCGCUCGCCAUCGCCGACCCAGUCGGCCUCGAUGUCGAGGGCCCAUUCCAGGUGUGGUACGCGGACAUCGGCGGUGAGGUUGAGCUCGCGGAGGGCUCCGACUCUGACGACGACAGCGCCGCCAGCUUCUACGUCCACGAGGAGGCUGCGGAGAACGAGGGUGGCCGUCGUCUCAGAGACACACUCGGCUUCGCACUGCUCUUUGGAGUCGGCGCCGGUGUGGUGUACUACGCCGACUUGUUCGUCGACAACGUGCAGCCGACCGUGCGCGACACCCUGCCGAAUGGGUUUCCCGGCUUGUGCGAGGCAAAUGCUUGCUACCCUCGCGGCGGCACAUCGACGGCGACAACACGUCCAGUGCCAGUGACCGAACAGCUGCCGCAAUCUGUUGAUGGGAGCACUUAUGCCCUUUCCACAGGAACACCAGUUUUUCCUCGCGUCUGUACAGGCGCUGCCGAAUGGACGCAGCAACACCAGCGAGGGGGCACCAGUACUGUCGCCACCACUCCGUGGAUGAAGCCGACGACGCUUGAGGUCCUGCCCCAGUCACGCCUGCGCAGCGUCCUCAACGACACCACUCUCGGCUUGUCCAUGCUUGUUAUGAUUGUUGUUACGGUGAUCGCCCUUGGUGUGGGCUACACCACAUUUAGACUUUACCUAAUUCCGUAUAAAUUUUCUCUGCUCAUGCUUGCGGUUAGUAGUGUGGGUUGCGACUUUACCUCAUUCCGUAUAGAUUUUCUCUGCUCAUGCUUGCGGUUAGUAGUGUGGGUUGCAGAGUUUAGAGUUUUGACUUCACCUCUGUUCUGUUGACUAUGUUUUUCGCCGGAAGGCAGACGAGAACAAAUUAAACUGAAGUUGAUUUUGGUUC